AUGCGCCUCGCAGCUGCCAAGUCUGUGGAGGACACGUGCCGCAGCACCGGCGCCGUCUUGGGUGAGUGUCUUUUGGGCGUCUCAGUGCAGAGCCUGGCACCACAGCCGCCGGACGCGGUUGUGCAAAUGCGCUUGGACGGCCUCAGAGGUGGGAUUGGGGGCCGGGUGCCACAAGGCGCCUGCGUCACGGGCUUAACUCCUUUUUUUUUUGUUGGGGAACUUUUAAAAAAAAGGCAAACAGGCUACCCGCCCGCACCGCCCCCGCCUCUGGUUGAGGGGAGCCGCACCGCUGGGAGGUCUGCCGUUGCUGCCUUUUUAUUUUUUUCCGUCUGUUCUGUCUCCGCUGCCCUCUAUUUGUUUCCUUCUUUCUCUCCCUUCGCCCUCUCCACCGCCUCGCAGCUCUGA